GGGUCCUGCAUAGUCGAGCUGUCCAAUCACGUCCGGCGCUCGGUCAUCGAUUCAGUUGGUCUGGAGCAAAGUUUCGGCGUCCGCCGCAGCUGAGCCGCUCACAGCCUUCCUGCCGCCGCGGGCUGCUCCUGCUGGGAAACCGACACAGGAAGAAAGCAGAAGCGGAGCAAGAGGAGCCACAGACGGCCGGAGGAGCACGGAGGAGCGCUCGUUUCUUCUGCGCACCGCCGUGAAUGCUGGGAGGAGAGCCGCGGAGGAGCCCGGGGACGAGCAGACAGCCUGAGCAGCAGCCGCCCGCAGAAACCUGCGCCUGCCAUGGAUCACUAUGACGAGGACCAGGACUACAGGCACCCGGAGGACGACUGGGACCGGGACCUGCUCCUGGAUCCGGCCUGGGAGAAGCAGCAGAGAAAGACGUUCACAGCUUGGUGUAACUCCCACCUGAGGAAAGCGGGAACGCAGAUCGAGAACAUCGAGGAGGACUUCAGGGACGGCCUGAAGCUCAUGCUGCUGCUGGAGGUCAUCUCAGGUGAACGCCUGGCCAAACCCGAACGAGGCAAAAUGAGGGUCCACAAGAUCUCCAACGUCAACAAAGCGCUGAACUUCAUCGCCAGCAAAGGAGUGAAGCUGGUUUCCAUCGGAGCAGAAGAAAUCGUUGACGGAAACGCCAAGAUGACUUUGGGGAUGAUCUGGACCAUAAUCCUCCGCUUUGCCAUCCAGGAUAUUUCAGUGGAAGAGACCUCCGCCAAAGAGGGGCUGUUGCUGUGGUGUCAGAGGAAGACGGCGCCCUACAAGAACGUCAACAUCCAGAACUUCCACAUCAGCUGGAAGGAUGGUUUGGGUUUCUGCGCUCUCAUCCAUCGGCACCGUCCAGAACUCAUCGACUACGCGAAACUACGAAAAGAUGACCCCAUGACCAACCUGAACACGGCCUUCGACGUGGCGGAAAAGUACCUGGACAUCCCCAAAAUGUUGGAUGCAGAAGACGUCGUUAGCACCUUGAGGCCGGAUGAGAAGGCCGUCAUGACUUAUGUGUCGUGUUACUACCACGCCUUCUCAGGCAAGCAGAAGGCGGAGACGGCGGCGAACAGGAUCUGCAAGGUGCUGGCGGUCAACCAGGAGAACGAGCAGCUGAUGGAGGACUAUGAGAAGCUGGCCAGUGAUCUGCUGGAGUGGAUCCGCCGCACCAUCCCCUGGCUGGAGAACCGGAUGCCGGAGAACACCAUGCAGGCCAUGCAGCAGAAGCUGGAGGACUUCCGGGACUACCGGCGCCUCCACAAGCCGCCCAAAGUGCAGGAGAAGUGCCAGCUGGAGAUCAACUUCAACACCCUGCAGACCAAACUGCGGCUCAGCAACCGGCCCGCCUUCAUGCCGUCGGAGGGAAAGAUGGUCUCGGACAUCAACAAUGCCUGGGGGGGCCUGGAGGGAGCAGAGAAAGGCUACGAGGAGUGGCUCCUCAACGAGAUCCGCAGGCUGGAGCGGCUGGACCACCUGGCAGAGAAGUUCCGGCAGAAAGCCGCCAUCCACGAGGCCUGGACCGAAGGUAAAGAGGAGAUGCUGCAGAGGCGGGACUACGAGACGGCCACGCUGUCAGAGAUCAAGGCGCUGCUGAAGAAGCACGAGGCGUUCGAGAGCGACCUGGCUGCACACCAGGACCGCGUGGAGCAGAUCGCAGCCAUCGCCCAGGAGUUAAACGAGCUGGACUAUUACGACUCCCCCAGCGUGAACGCGCGCUGCCAGCGGAUCUGCGACCAGUGGGACGCUCUGGGCGCCCUGUCCCAGAAACGCAGCGAGGCUCUGCAGAGAACGGAGAAGCUGCUGGAAACCAUCGACCAGCUUUACCUGGAGUUCGCAAAAAGAGCCGCCCCCUUCAACAACUGGAUGGAGGGCGCCAUGGAGGACCUGCAGGACUCCUUCAUCGUCCACACCAUCGAAGAAAUCCAGGGACUGAGCACCGCCCACGAGCAGUUCAAGGCCACGCUGCCGGAGGCGGACAAAGAGCGGCAGGCCAUCCUGGGCAUCCACAACGAGAUCGCCAAGAUCGUCCAGACCUACCAUGUCAACAUGGCGGGCUCCAACCCCUACACCACCAUCAACCCACAGGAGGUCAACGCCAAAUGGGACAAGGUACGGCAGCUGGUGCCUCUGCGCGACCAAUCGCUGAUCGAGGAGCACGCCCGGCAGCAGAACAACGAGCGUCUGCGCAGACAGUUUGCCAACCAGGCCAACGUCAUCGGGCCGUGGAUCCAGACCAAGAUGGAGGAAAUUGGACGCAUCUCCAUCGAGAUGCACGGCACGCUGGAGGACCAGCUGACGCACCUCCGCCAGUACGAGAAGAGCAUCAUCAACUACAAACCAAAGAUCGACCAGCUGGAAGGAGACCAUCAGCUGAUUCAGGCGGCGCUGAUCUUUGACAACAAGCACACCAACUACACCAUGGAGCACAUCCGCGUGGGCUGGGAGCAGCUCCUCACCACCAUCGCCCGCACCAUCAACGAGAUCGAGAACCAGAUCCUGACGCGGGACGCCAAGGGCAUCAGCCAGGAGCAGCUCAACGAGUUCCGGGCGUCCUUCAACCACUUCGACCGGGACCACUCGGGCACUCUGGGCGCAGAAGAGUUCAAGGCCUGCCUGAUCAGCCUGGGCUUCGAUAUCGGCAACGACGCACAGAAGAGAACAGGAAUCAUGGAUGCUGAAGACUUCAAAACCUGCCUUAUCUCCAUGGGUUACAACCUGGUAAAGCAGUCGCCUCUUUUCCUUUUCAAACUCCCGUCUGGAAAUGGUAACGAGCAAAAUCUCCCGCCUCCGUGUGAUCUGAGCGCCGUGUUUUCCACGCCAGAGUGGGAGGGGCUCCUGCCGCGGCCUCACGCUCCUCCUGUCUGCCUCCAGGGGGAGAACGAGUUCUCGCGCAUCAUGAGCGUCGUGGAUCCCAACAGGAUGGGCGUGGUCACCUUCCAGGGUUUCAUCGACUUCAUGUCCAGAGAGACAGCCGACACCGACACCGCCGACCAGGUCAUGGCGUCCUUUAAGAUCCUCGCCGGGGACAAGAACUACAUCCUGGCGGACGAGCUGCGCCGGGAGCUGCCUCCGGAUCAGGCCGAGUACUGCAUUGCCCGCAUGGCGCCGUACAGCGGCCCCGACGGCGUCCCCGGAGCCCUCGACUACAUGUCCUUCUCAACCGCUCUGUACGGCGAGAGCGACCUCUGAGGGCGCCGGCCUCCCCCGGUCUCCGGUUCCCGCCACUUCCUGCAAGCGUCCCGUCACACGCAGACCCCUCUCUGUUGUUUCUGGCCUUAUUUCUUUUCGUCUCCUCGUGCCCCGCCCCCUCGCCGCUCCCUCACACUUUGGUUUGCAGCAUCUCUCCAGGUUUACAGAGGGAGAGACAAACAUGUUUGUUUUUGUUUUUCUCGUCAUGUUUUUCUUCAGAAAUUGAAUAAAGUUAACAUAUUUUAUUAUACUGAACAAAAAAGGUGCUUUUUUUCUUCACCUUGAUUGAAAUAUGAGACAAAAAUUGUAAUAAAGAGAAAUAUUACUCUA